CAUUCAUUUGAGCUUCAGGAUCCGGAGGUGAACAGAACCCCGUCAACACUCAUCAGCGUGGUGAAGCUGGAGGAAGUGAGAGAAAACCCAACGAUCAACGAGAUCCAGAACGAUGAGAAACCACCAAACUGCACGUGAAGUGAGGUCAGGGUGGAGGAAGAGCUCACAACACCUCCAGAAAAAAAAAGUCUUUGCAGAAAAACGUCUUUUACGUGUGAGUGCACAGAGGUAGACGAGUAAAUGCUCUGAACCUGAAGAUCGGAGGUGAAAUGAAAGCCUCCUGAGCUGGUAACGAUAACCACCACGGAAAACAACUUUUAGAUGCAGGACGUAACCACAAAGGCAUCACAUCAGUCCUCCCUCAAUCUCAUCCUUAUGAAGAAAACCCUGUUAGGGUCCCUCCCUGGAGGAGCCACCUGGGGGCGCCACAGACCAAGCAAGGUCCCUCUUUCCCAUCAAACACGAGACAGACAGCAGACUAUAAGUAAAGACAUUUACAUUAUACGAUUCAUGAGGUCAAACGAAUGAAUGAGGCUGGGAAGGCUGUUUUAAUAGUUUAAUAGUUUAAGUUCAAAAAAAUAUUUGCCACCAACUCUUCCCCAGAGACUUCCAGCCUUGUCGUAUGGGAUGCCUUUAAGGCGUAUAUCAGAGGCCAGAUUAUUGCUUAUUCAGCAAGAAUUAAAAAACAGUCCACCCAUGAAAGCAAUAAGUUAAUGCAACAAAUUAAGGAGACCGAUGAACAGUAUGCUCUCAAACAGAGUCAUGAAAUAUUUAAAAAGCGUGUAGAACUUAAAACAAGACUUGACCUACUCACAAUGUACUCGACUGAACGUUUACUCUUACAUGACAAAUCCAGAUUUUAUAUGCAUGGUGACAAACCUGAUAAAUUACUGGCGAGCCUUCUAAAAGGUUCUAGGGCAAGGCAAAGUAUUCUUAAAAUUCGACAACAAGAUGGCAACAUAGUCACAGAUCACGAAAAAAUCAAUGAAGUAUUCAGGGAUUUUUACUCACAGCUUUACACCUCAGAGUCCCAAAUUGACUGCAGUGCAAUUAAUGAGUUCUUAGCUAAACUUGACAUUCCUGAAAUUCCACCAGAACUUAAAACAAGGCUGGAUGAACCCAUCUCUCAGUUAGGAGUUUCCUUGGCUAUAGCUUCAAUGCAAUCUGGCAAGUGUCCAGGUCCGGAUGGCUUUCCGUCAGAAUUUUUCAAACACUUCUCUUCAUUACUGUCCACGCAGCUUAGUGCAACCCUCACGGACUGCAUCAAACAAGGAUCUCUUCCUCAAUCAUUCUAUGAAGCCUGUAUUACACUUAUUACAAAGAAAGGAAAAGAUCCGUUGGAAUGUGCUUCCUAUAGACCCAUUUCUCUAUUGAACACAGACGCUAAAAUAUCAGCCAAGAUACUUGCCCGUAGACUAGAAAUAGUUCUUCCAAAAAUUAUUUCAAAAGACCAGACAGGCUUCAUUAAAGGUCGUCAUUCAUAUUUUAACAUAAGGAGGCUAUUUAACAUAGUUUACUCCAGCUCUACAGACUCUGAGUUGAGUUCGAUUAUCUCUUUGCAGUCCUUGAUAGAUUUGGCUUUGGAGCGAAAUUUACUUCGUGGAUUAAAUUACUCUAUUCUCAACCAUCUGCUACAAUACGAACUAACCUCCAAUUGUCAAAACGUUUCAAACUUCACAGAGGCACACGCCAGGGAUGUCCUCUCAGCCCCCUGCUUUUUGAUCUGGCCAUAGAACCCCUUGCCAUUGCGUUCCGCAGUUGCAAAGAGGUACACGGCAUUUGGAGAAACAAUACAGAACACAAGGUCUCACUCUAUGCAGAUGAUCUCCUGCUCUUUAUUUCUAAGCCCUUAGCCUCUCUACCAUCUGCAUUGAAUCUGCUUAGUCAGCUUGGUCAGAUUUCAGGGUAUAAACUGAACCUUAAUAAAAGUGAGCUCUUCCCGUUGAGUAGCAAAGCAAGUAUGUUAGACUUCACCUGCUUGCCCUUCAGAGUUGAAAGGAAAAAAUUUACAUAUUUGGGAAUCACAGUGACAAAAAAACAUAAAAACCUUUUCACAGAAAAUGUCAGUGCAUUGCUGAACCAAGUGAAGCUGUCCCUCACCCACUGGACACCACUCUCUACGUCUCUGGUAGGACGUAUCAAUUCAGUUAAAAUGACCAUUCUACCCAAAUUUUUAUACCUUUUUCAGGCCUUACCCAUUUUCAUUCCCAACACUUUUUUCAAUGAGCUGGAUUCUGUCAUCUCAUCUGAUCUAUGGCAGGGUAAACGCAAAAGGCUUAAUAAGAUGCAUCUUCAAAAAUCUAAAAUUGAGGGUGGGUUUGCACUUCCCAACUUUCGUUUUUAUUAUUGGGCUGCUAACAUACGAUGUUUGGUGUUUUGGUAUUUUUACCAUAAUCAGAGUGGUUGUCCUGACUGGGUGACUAUGGAAAAAAAUAUGAAUGAUCUCCUCUGUGCAUUCCCACCUUUAACAUAACUUUACUCUUCCAAAGGAAAAAUAAAGAAUCACAAAAAAGAAGCUUUUGACCUCGAGCUGAAGGAUCUUUUAAAUUUAUUCUGCAUUUAAAGGAGCGGCGCGAGGGACGUUUCAUCUGUAGUCUCAUUUUUCGUGUGCAGAAGCAGGAAGGACGAGACGCUCCGUGAUUAUCAGUGGAGCUGAUUUAACAUGAGGUCUGCAGAAAUCAUUUCAUCAGUGUCCAAAUUUAGGAGGAAACAGGAAGUAUGACGUUGCACUGAUCCCCUGGCGGCAUGGCAAAUUUCAAUGUGUUGCCAUGAAGCACCAAGCUGCUGUAGAUCAAAUCGUCCAAUCAGGGUUGAGCAGCAGCCAGCUGCAGACCCUAGUUCCCUAAAUCCCUGACCCUAAUUCGCUGGAGGUUUCUUCCUGUUAAAAGGGAGUUUUUCCUUCCUACUGUCACGAAGUGCUUGCUUAAAGGGGCUCAUCUGAUAGUUGUAAUAUUGUUGGGUCGUUACAUUACAAUCUAAAACACUUUGAGGCGAGUGUUGUUGGGGCUAAAUAAAUAACAACGACUUGAAUUUAAUCAAUGUGCUUUUUAAAAAAGGAAAUUUGAUGAUGUUCUCACCUCUCGCUGUCUUCUCUCUCCGGCUCCUGAAGUCCCGACUCUAUAGUCACGACAGCUCCAUCGUACGUGAAACUAAAGAAUAAAACAGAUGAAAUAAACACACAUGAGUGAAUAUAAGUAAAUAAGAAAUAUUCCACAUGGACUCAAAUGAGGCUCAUCAACAGGAGUUUUCGUGUAGAUCAAGAUGCUUUUAGUUUGCUCUCAUGCCCGAUUUUCUGGUUUCAGGCUGAAUCGCUUUCAUGAACUCGUGAUAUUAUUUUUUAAUGACAACACUUAAAAAUUGAGAAACUCGGUGAAGAAACUCAGAUUGCUGCAUGUCCCAUGAUGCCUGUGUUUGUGU